UAUCCUGAAUGGAGAACAGUGCAACAAGCCGCAGUGGAGCAGCAGGAUGGUUGACGUAUGUGCUGGUUCCCAGGCUCACUUGUAAUGGGCGCAAAUUAUAUAGCUUAAGGAGUUUUCAGGAAGAUGAUAAUAUCUGUACAUGGCAGCAGCACUUGACGAUUGUAGUUGUUGCUCUGGUUUUUGCAGUAAUCAUCUCCUGGUGGAAUCCUGGUGGGUGUGCGUGGGCUGGAAUGAAUAAAAAGAGGAAGAAGAUUCCAGGGCCCAGAGGAUUGCCCAUAAUCGGAAGUCUAAUGGAAAUGAGUGGCGGUCAUGCUCACCGUAAGCUUGCUCACUUGGCGGCUACUCACGAGGCCAAAAAGCUGAUGGCCUUCAGCUUGGGCUCAACUCGCUCAGUCAUAACGUCCGAUCCAGAAGUGGCCAGGGAGCUCUUGAGCUCUCCUCACUUUGCGGAUAGGCCUCUCAAACAAUCUGCCCAGCAGCUCAUGUUUGAGAGGGCAAUAGGCUUUGCACCCAACGGUGACUACUGGAGGAUGCUGCGUAGGAUUUCAGCUGCUCAUCUCUUUAGUCCGCGGAGAAUCGCAGCGCACGAAGCCAGGCGUCAGACGGACUGCCUGAAAAUGUUAUCUGAUAUACGGAGUGAGUGGAUGUGCAAAGGCGCCGUCAGCCUCCGUCGACAUCUCCAAAUGGCGGCGCUCAAUAACAUUAUGGGUUGUGUGUUUGGCACAAGGGUGGAUGGAGAGGGAGAAGGUAGAGAGGUGAGGGAGAUGGUGGAGGAGGGGUUUGAACUGCUGGGGGCAUUUAAUUGGGCCGAUCAUCUUCCCUGGCUGCGACCGCUUGACCCUCUGCGAGUCCACGUCCGCUGCGCUCGGCUCGUACCUCGCGUUAGGGCUUUUGUUCAGAAUAUCAUAAACCAACAUCGACAGUGUCCUGUGCCGAGGGACACAGCCGAUUCAGAUUUCGUGGAUGUGCUGCUUUCCCUUCAAGGACACGAUCAGCUCCACGACGACGACAUUAUUGCAGUUCUUUGGGAGAUGAUAUUCCGAGGCACAGACACCGUGGCUCUAGUUACAGAGUGGACCAUGGCGGAGUUGGUACUGAAUGAAGAAAUACAAGGGCGAGCUCAGGCAGAGUUGGAGGCUGUGGUAGGGCGGGAUAGAAGCGUGCGGGAUGAGGACAUUGCAAAGCUCCCAUACCUGCAAGCCGUUGUUAAAGAGAGUUUGAGAAUGCAUCCACCUGGACCUUUGCUGUCAUGGGCGCGUUUAUGCACGGAGGACGUUGACAUAGCAGAGGGGAUGCAUGUCCCGGCGGGGACGACGGCCAUGGUGAACAUGUGGUCCAUCACUCACGACCCUAAGAUUUGGGACUCACCUCAUGAAUUCCGGCCAGAGAGAUUUGUUGCAGAGAAAGUGGAUGUUCGGGGUAAUGACUUGAGGCUUGCGCCCUUCGGUGCAGGUAGGCGAGUCUGUCCAGGAAAAGCUCUGGGCCUCACCACCGUUCAUCUCUGGGUGGCAAAACUGCUCCACCAUUACAGGUGGGUUCCUUCUCCUCAACACCCAGUAGAUCUCACUGAGAUUCUCAAGUUGUCCUCCCAAAUGGCCACGCCACUUACUGCAAUUCCGGCCGUCAGAUUCCCUUGCUAAUAGUCAUGUCAAAUACGCAAUUAGGUUUUGAGGUUAGUAAUAAGGGAUUAUAGUUAUGUUAACUUUGCAAUUAGGUUUGGAAGCUACGCUCUUAUCAUAUUAUUCUUUCAGGAGUUUACCGUGACAGUAGUCUGGUCGUGGUUUGCCAAAAAAAUGAAAUUCUACUGCACAUUGAGCAGAUAUAGUAGAUAUCCCAGGUGUUAGUUUGUUAAUAAGAAUUCGACGAUUGUUAUUUACAGAAGUU